AUGGAUGCAGUGAAUGAAGGAACUGGACCACAAAGCUACACCCAGAACUCCUACUAUCAGAGAGGAGCUUUGGAAGCUGCUCAAGAAAUGAUCAAAGAGGAAAUAGCUGAGAAGCUUGACAUCAAACAACUAAUUGCUUCCGAUUCUUUAAACACAUUUCGCAUUGCAGACUUAGGCUGUGCUACUGGACCCAAUACAUUUCUUGCAGUGCAGACCAUACUAGAAGCUGUUCAACCCAAAUUAGGGUCACAAAAUUCCCAAACAUUCCCAGAAUUUCAGGUGUUCUUCAGUGAUCUAGUCUCCAAUGAUUUCAACACUCUGUUUAAAUCACUCCCACCCCAAAGCCAAAGACCCUACUUUGCAGCUGGGGUGCCUGGUUCUUUUCACGGUCCCUUGUUUCCCAAGGCUUCCCUUCAUUUUGUACACUCAUCUUGUGCACUCAAUUGGCUUUCACAAGUGCCGAAACCGGUCGCCGAAAGAACCUCCUCUGCAUGGAAUGCAGGGAAGAUUCUCUACAGCAGCAGAGAAGUUGCGGAGGCUUAUUCUUGUCAAUUUGCUAAUGAUAUGGGGAUGUUUUUGCAAGCAAGAGCAAAUGAACUUGUGGGUGGAGGGCUGAUGGCACUAGUUAUACCAGGUCUGCCUGUUGGAAUUUUGUUCUCUGUCUGA